AUGCCUUUUAAUUUUGAAAAUGUCAAGAUACAAUUACAUGCCGAGCAUUAUUUGAUGAAUGAUUGUUGGUUAAAAGAUUGCGUUGGUUAUUAUUCAACAGAAGUCAACCCUCAGGCAGUCCAAGCUGAGAUUGUCAAGUUUGUAAAAGACCAAUGGAUUUUAAGUGACUUAAGAGAAAUAAAUGAUCAGCGUGGCUGUUUACCUGAAAAUCUUGCACAGCAAAAAAUGAUAACUCUUCCCGGUACUUAUAUUUUGCAGGUUGAAAAAGGAUAUGAUAUAUCGACAUCUAAAUACAAGCAAGUAGAAAAGAUACGGAACGUUUCUAGUGAAAAUAUCGAGGUGACUGAAGCUGAAAAAAAUCCGACAUGGGAACCCAAGACCAAGAGAAUGAUGUACCUGUAUCUCACUGACGGCAAGCAAGAAGUUACUGCCAUGGAACACAAACCUAUACCUUUCUUGAAGGAUCAUUUACUACCAGGGUACAAAAUUAUGAUCAAAGGACCCGUUAUUUUGCGAAGAUCGGUUAUUAUGCUAGAAAGUAAAAACUGUUCUCACGUUGGCGGUGAAAUAGAAAAUCCGUAUAAUGAUAAAAAAUCUGAUGAUAAAAAUGAACCACUAUCAUUGGACGAAGGUAUGGAUAUAGACAUGGAUGCUCUAGAUCAGAUUGAAAAGAAAUAUGAUGACAAUUCUGGCGUAAAAGCACCUAAAACAAAACCCACAAGUGCUACAACGAGUAGGACCAAAAGAAGAGAAAGUGUUCUACUUGACAGUCUUCCUGUUUGUUUUGAUAGUAUCGAACAAGUUGAAAAUGAAUUCGCUGAUGAUUUUGACGACAUGAUAGGAAUGAUAGAUGAAGCUAACUUGAAUGUUGUUGGUGGCGGUGACAAGGAUGUCGAAAUAGAAGAAGUAAAAAUUGAAGCUGAAAAUACCAGAGCUGGAGCUUUUCCUGAAGAUGAUUUUCCGACUGAUUUAGAGUUUGAUGAAUUUGAAUUUGAUUCUUUUCCUUAUGAAAAAACUACUAACAUGCUAGAGGAGGACAAAGUUGUAAGUGAAUCUUUGAAUAAUGUUGUGGAUGCUAGUAGAAGUACAAUUGUCAGUAAUGCUACAGCUUCCAGUUGUGUUAAAAGCAACGUGACUAUUAGUAAUGCUAAGAACAAUGUAACUGGUAGUAAUGUUAAAAAUAAUCCUACUAAUAUUACUAAGAGUAACUUUAAUUUUAAAUCCUCAAAUGAUUCAAGUCACAAAUCAAUAAGACAGAGUAGUGAAACUGUAAAUAAAAUACCUGAAAAAAUGACUCCGUCAUUUUCUGGCAGUGAAGUUUGUCGCGGAUCUCCGAUGAAAAAUGAUAACAAAAUUAGUCCAUCCAAUAAUCCAGUCAUUAAUCCAUUUGUUACACCGUCAAAAAAUCCCCCGAAGACUAUUAGAAAGGAGACGCCUAAGAGAAAUCUGAAGAAUGUACAAAAAAUAACAGACUUCAUGAAAAAAAGUGUGACACCUAAAUCUGAUGAAAGUAAACUGAGCUCUGCGUUGAUAGAUAACUAUGACUUGAUUAAAGACAUUGAAAAACUGAUGCCCGUUUCUAGAGAAAUAGACAAAAAAAUAAAAGGCACUAUUAUAUCGCUUGCGAAUCUUGAGAGAAGAGAUCCCAAUUGGUACUUGCAGGGAAUACUUAACAGGUUGAUUGGAUUUAAUCUCGCUGAAUUUUCUCAGAUGAAAAAAUUAAAAAAGACUGAUCCUGAAGUCGCAAAUAAAUUAAGACAAGGGCUACGUGGAGCUGAAUUCAAACUUAGUCAUCUUCAUACAUUGUUGAGGUGUAAAUUAUUACCCAACAAUCCAGUUUUGUUUGUUGAGUCCAUGCUUGAUUUAACAGGAGGUCAAAGAAAAGAAGUUUAA